AUGAAUGUUCCUUCAAUUGUAGCAGAUGUUUGGAAUGAAGAUUGUGAACAUUUAUCUCAGCAUUGUUUGUCCGAAUGGGUAGUAAUAUCUGCAUAUCCUAUUUUUCCUGGAAUGUUUCAAUUUAUUUAUCUAACUAAUCGAUCAGUUGAUGAAUUCAAAAAAAAUGUUGCACCUAAUUUUGUGUGCUUCAAUGCACGAAGAUGUCCUGUGUUAGCAUCAAAAAUUGUUUCUAUUAAAAUACUUGAUGGAUUAUCAUGUUGUCAUCUUUCGAAUCUAACAGAUGUUCAAUUCAAAGAUUUUAAUGAAAUAGUUAAAAAAUUCGGAUCGCUUAACCAACAUUGCUUAAGAAAUGGAAUUGAACAAUCAUGUACAGAUCCAUCUUAUUUUCAUUGCAAUAAAUCCAUGAAAUGUAUUCCAUAUCAUCGAGUUGGUGAUGGUGUGGUUGAUUGUCAUUUUAGAGAGGGCGAAGAUUUUAAUGCUUGUCAAUUGAAUGAUACAACUCGAUUUAAAUGUCAAUCAAAUUUGAAUAAAUGUUUUUCACCAGUUGUCAUUGGUGAUGGAUUUCAUAAUUGUCUUUCGAGAGAAGAUGAAAUAUUUACAUACACCAACUGA